AUGCCCGGGAUGGCCGGGGACAGAGGUUUGGAGCAGCUGACUCGGCGUCACGCUGUGAAGCUUAUACCUGCGGCGCCCUGCCCCGUGGAGGAGGCGACACUCGCUGUGGGUAAAGAAGUGGGAUACGUCCACAUCAAGUCUGCUUCACGUAUGAACGGAGCGGUCGUGAACUUUCUGUCCAGCACUGAGAAGGUGGUGGAGCCCGAAUAUGUAGUGUUCCACCGCAGACAGGUGCUGAAGGACAACUCUGAGUUAAACCUGUCCUUCACUUUUAAAGUUGAUGGAUUCAGUUACGUCAUCUUUGCUUCGUCUGAGAACAUGAAGUGUUUUGGCUGCAGCGCAGAGGGUCACCUGAUCAGAGCGUGUCCAGAACGAGUGGAUCAGAAUGUGCCGCGUAACAACGCACAGACACCUGCGCACCUCUGCAGCCUCCGCUGA